CCUCAAGUGUCUCAACACACUCUAGUCCCACCAAAGGCUGACUGACGUACCUGCUCGAACUUGGUGAUGGAGGACAUAUAUUUUAUGGCCAUUCCUCCUAUAACAUUUCGACUCGAUAAAUCUCAGCCGGAAACCUCAUGGCGACGACGAAAUCACGAUACUAACCGCUUGAUCCUGAGACCUUGAAAAGAAGGACUCUCGCAAGAUCCUACAACCCACUGCACCAGCAGUCAUGAUAAACGACACCCGCCUCGAAUACAUCUUCAUCCGCACCUGCAUCGUCUUUCUGCACUAUCUCACGCCAGUCAGCAUCAUCUAUACGGUAUUCCUCAUCGCCAGUUAUAUCUUUGGAAUUCCCCGCCCUCACAUCCCACUUGCGAUAAACGUUAUCGCCGUCGCCGAGUCGCUAUUCUACCUCGUCGUCUUCCUCCCAUACAGCGCAUAUCUCCAGCGUGCGGCCGUUCACCCGCCCAUCCCCUCUCGGACAGAACGAAAGGCGCUGUUCGAAAAGUGUUACAAGUUCAUCCCAGAUCCAGACACCUACCUUGAUCGGUGGUUCCUGGGUGCCCCGCAAGAGGAGAUAAAGCACGAAAAUGUGAAAGAGUUUAUACAAUGGGCGUUCUUCAACCGCGGUGGGGAAGCUGGAGAUGAUGAGGAGGAGUUGGACGAGUAUGUGGCUGCAUACGAGACCUUGGUGGGGAGGAAGUUCGAGCCAGGGAGGGGCAAGGCCGAGAGUCUUCGCCUGACACUCGAUCCAAUAGACAUGCUACAUCGUAGUUUGGCUUGGUAUAUGUGCGUGGGCUUUGUCGACUUGCUCACCUACAUCAACCUCCUCCGCGCCGGGUUCCAUUUCCACCGCACCUGCCUCUCCCGCUUCUUCACAGUGUUCCCCUUCCGCCCACAGGCCGUCCUCACUACCAAGCGGUCACCCGCGAAAUACACAACCUACUGGCACCGUCCCCACACGUCGACCACGCACCUCCCAGUUCUCUUCAUCCACGGUAUCGGCAUCGGACUCUACCCCUACGUCCCCUUCCUCUCCGACAUAAACUCAGCUAAAGACCUUCCCUCCGGAGAUGGUUCGGGCGGCCAAAUCGGCCUAAUUGCCCUCGAAAUACACCCCGUCUCCUUCCGUCUGACGCACGCCCCCCUUUUGCCUGCCGUGCUAUGCGCUGAGAUCGCCUCAAUCCUCAACCAGCACGGCUACUCCCGGGUUGUGCUUGCCACGCAUAGCUACGGCUCUGUGAUUGCGACCCAUCUCCUCGCGCACGCCGAAACGGCGCCAAUGAUCGCGGAUAUCGUGCUCAUCGACCCGGUGACCAUCUUGCUGCACCUGCCUGACGUAGCAUAUAACUUCACACGGCGUCAGCCGCAGUCGGCGAGCCAGCACCAGCUGUGGUACUUUGCGAGCAUGGAUAUGGGGGUUGCGCAUAGUUUGGCGCGGCACUUCUUCUGGUCGGAGAAUGUGCUGUGGAAGGAGGCUGUAGAGGGCCGCGAUGUUACGGUCAGUUUGGCAGGGAGAGACUUGAUUGUUAACACCGAGUCUGUGGGCCGAUAUUUGGCAGAGGGAACGGAAGAUGUAGAUAAUGAGAGAGCUGUGGAGAUAAUGCCCGAUGUGAGCGAGGAGGGGGGCUUGCUGGUACAGGAAGGGUGGAAACAUAGGCCUUGGCGAGGGAAGGGAAUUGAUAUCCUCUGGUUCGACAAUUUAGACCACGCGCAAGUAUUUGAUACGCCUGCGACGAGACGACCUGUCUUGGAGGCUAUUCGAGCAUACUCCGCGAAUGGCGAUAAUGCUCUCGGAACAGCCACAGCUGUGGACGAGGGUGAGUAGACUUUGAUUAGACGUCUGCGUGGACAUCACUAGUUAGACGUAUGUAAGGGUAGACUGUUAAGCAAGAAUGCAAUGC